CGAAACACAAGCAUCCAACUUCCCCCAUAUCACCCCACAACCCGCUCGGGAGCUGAAUGCGCAAUAAUUAUGCCUCAGAAGGAAUGCUGCCCCAAGCGCUACGAGGCCAUUUCUGCAGAUGCGCAGGAGUCUCCGGGUAUAUCUCUCCGUUCUACGUCCGAGAACCGUCAAUUCGAGUUCUCCUUCGAGCCCGUCCGUGAAAACCUAUUCCGCGUCUCCUUCACGUCGCCAGAUCACCCUCUACCUCCGUAUCCCAGCAUCACCAGGCCAGCCACCGACCUCAAGGACACCCACGUAUCGACGACGAGCGAUGCUCAGAGCAAGACGAUCCAGGUCGGGGACGUCACGGCAUCCGUCGAGUGGGCCAACUCGCCAGUGGUGUCACUGUCGUGGAAGGGGCAGCCGAACCAGAACCAGCCACUGUACCGGGAUCUGCCAUUGCGCUCGUACGUCGCAGACGGGGCAGGCAUCGCACACUACACGGAGCACGACCGCGACGCCCUGCAUGUGGGACUCGGAGAGAAGCGCGCCCCGCUAGAUCUCAGCGGGCGCCAUUUUAUCCUGUCCGCCACCGACAGCUUCGGAUACGACGUCUACAACACGGACCCGCUCUACAAGCACAUCCCGCUGCUGAUCAAGGCGACCCCGCAGGGCUGCGUAGCGAUCUUCUCGACCACGCACGGCCGAGGCACCUGGUCCGUGGGCUCGGAGGUCGACGGCCUCUGGGGCCACUUCAAGGUCUACCGCCAAGAUUACGGCGGGCUGGAGCAGUACCUCAUCGUCGGGCGGACGUUGAAGGACGUGGUGCGAUCGUACGCCGAGCUCGUCGGGUUCCCCCUCCUGGUGCCCCGCUGGGCCUACGGAUAUAUCUCCGGCGGUUACAAGUACACCAUGAUGGACGAGCCCCCGGCCCACGAGGCUCUCAUGGACUUCGCCGACAAGUUGCGAGAGCACGGGAUCCCGUGCUCCGCCCACCAGAUGAGCUCCGGCUAUUCCAUCGCGGAGACGGAGCCCAAGGUCCGCAACGUCUUCACCUGGAACAAGCACCGCUUCCCCAAUCCCGAGGAGUGGAUCGCCAAGUACCAUGCGCGGGGCAUCCGUCUUCUGACGAACAUCAAGCCCUUCCUCUUGGCAUCGCACCCGGACUUCCAGAAGCUGGUGGACGCGAAUGGGUUCUUCAAGGAUCCAGCCACCAGCGAGCCGGGUUGGAUGAGACUCUGGAGCGCAGGAGGCGCGACGGGGGGCGACGGAUGCCACAUCGAUUUCACUUGCGCCGCGGCGUUCAGGUGGUGGUACGAGGGCGUUCAGAGCCUCAAGCGUGCGGGGAUCGAUGGCAUGUGGAACGAUAACAAUGAGUAUACGCUCCCCAACGACGACUGGCAAGUGGCCGGCGACGAACCCACCGUGGUCGUCGCCGACGCCGACGCCAACGCCACUGCGAGAAAGACUCCGAACUCCGUCGGCCUCUGGGGCCGGGCAGUCCACACAGAGCUCAUGGGCAAAGCCUCGCAUGAUGCUCUGCUGGAUCUGGAACCCAACCAGCGACCCUUCGUUCUCACCCGGAGCGCCACGGCGGGAACCAUGCGGUACGCCGCCAGCACCUGGAGCGGAGACAACGUCACCAGCUGGGAAAGCAUGAAAGGCGCGAACGCACUGUCGCUGAGUGCAGGGAUCUCUCUCCUGCAAUGCAGCGGUCAUGAUAUUGGUGGUUUCGAAGGCCCGCAACCCUCCCCCGAACUCCUCCUCAGAUGGAUCCAACUAGGCAUCCACUCGCCACGCUUCGCUAUCAACUGCUUCAAGACCAGCCCAGGCAACAGUUCCAUCGGCGAAGUCAUCGAACCGUGGAUGUACCCAGAGAUCACGCCCCUGGUGCGCGACGCGAUCAAGCGCCGCUACGAGAUGCUGCCGUACAUCUACUCGUUGGGAAUAGAAAGCCACCGGACGGCCUCGCCGCCCCAGCGCUGGAUCGGCUGGGGGUACGAGUCCGACCCAGAGGUGUGGACCAAGCCCCUGAAAGCCGGCGACGAGCAGUUCUGGUUCGGGGACACGAUCCUGGUCGGCGGCGUCUACCAGCCCGGCGUGAGCGUCGCCCGGAUCUACCUGCCCCGUAAGACAAACGAAGAAUUCGACCACGGCUACGUCAACCUCAACGCACCCUACAACCACCUCGCCUCGGGCCAGUGGGUCUCGAUCCCGUCCGAAUGGCGCACGAGCAUCCCCUUGCUCGCGCGCGUCGGCGGCGCAAUCCCCGUGGGCAAGGCGGUGCAGACCCGCGUGCCGGGUGACGAAACCGCGGCGUCGCGGGCCGUCGAGGAGGUCGACGACUACCGCGGCGUGGAGAUCUUUCCCCCACCAACGGCGGCGUCGUCCCACGGGCAGGUCUUCGUCAACUCUUGGUACGAGGAUGAUGGGAUCUCGGUCCAGCCGCGCAUCGCCCGGUAUACGACCCGGUAUCGCGCCACGCGGGAGACGGUCGUUGUGGGGUUUGCGCGCGACGAGGAGGCGGGCGGGUUUGUCCCGGCGUGGAGGGAUUUGGAUAUUAUCCUGCACUGCGGGGAUGAGAGGUGUAUUGUGGCGGAGGAUGGAAGGAGUACGGUGGUGUUUAAGGGGAAGGAUAGCCGGGGCCGCCUGGUUUAUACCUUGAAGAAUUAAGCGAGAACUGAAAUGGAAAGGGAAAGGAUGGGGCCACACCGAGUCCUUGACUUGAGAUAUCAUCAGAGUCGGAAGGGGUUCAUGUAUAUCUUCAUAAAUUAGAUGAGAUGCCAAUGACAGAUG